GGAAUCUCAGGGUGGGAAGGGACCUCAGGAGGUAUCUAGUCCAGCCCCCUGCUCAAAGCAGGACCCAUCCCCAGACAGAUUUUUACCCCAGAUCCCUAAGUGGCCCCCUCAAGGAUUGAACUCACCACCCUGGGUUUAGCAGGCCGCUGCUCAAACCACUGAGCUGUCCCCCGAUUUCCUGCCUGCCGAGUGGCAUCUUGGUUUGGCUUUUGUCCCCCACUGCCCCCCAGCUUGAACAGUGUCCCUGGGCCCCUGACCCAGCAGCAGCCUCACUGCAGGGCCUGCUGUCCAGAGCACCCCUUCUUUUAGCUGGGGCGAUUGUCCCCUCCCCCACAGGGCAACCCCACCCCACCCCCACCUGGCAAUCGCCGAACACUGAGAAUAUCACCCGUCUGGGCGACUCAAAGCCGCCCGCGCCAUGCGCCGUGGUGGGCAGGCAGCUGCUGGAUUUUCAACAGUUUGAUCUGUUAUUGCUUAAUCUGCGGAAGUAGGAACUCUGCACCAUCUUUAGCUGGAUCCAGAAUCUUUUACCAUUUGCUAGCCUGGUGUAGUUUGAAAAAAAUGCAAAUUUUUAGACCCAUGUAACACCCCCCUCCCCCAGCAGAUUAAAUUAUUUCCCUGGCAAAUCCAUAAAAUAAUCCAGCCAGGCCAGUCAGAUAUCAGCUGGGUGGUAACCUCUCGCUGGCCUGGCUCAGCUGAGCACAUCUCCAGGCACAGGACUCCUGUGCAAGGAAUUUGCUGCAUCUUUCUCUCCCUCCUCCCGCUGGGUCCCGCUGCUAGUGCCCAGUUUGAAUUGGGAAGCAGGAGUUUGGCUGGUGCCAGCUCUCACCCAGUGUGCAGCCUCCUCUCACGUCCUACCCAUCCUGGUGUUCCCACUGCAUUCUCAUCACUCCUACCCUGCCCCAGCCGAGAGCCUCAGGCGCAAAUUCCACAGUGAUGGGGAACAGAGGUACCCGUGCUCACAGCACGUGUCUAGACAGGCCUGUGAGCAAGGGGCAUUAGUUGGGAGGCUGGGUUGUGUGUGUGGAUGUGGUGGGCAGGACUCCACCCCUAGCUCCUGUGGUGCUGGGAGGUCCUUUGCAGUCUCCCAGCCAUCCACAAGUUGCCUCGCCCCGACGCUGCUUGGCUGGCGAGAUCAGAGGAGGUAGCAGCCCAGCGUGCUCACUCCUGUUUCCAGCUGAGCAGGUGAUGUUAGAUGCAGAGCCCAGCAGGACUGUGCAUCAGCCGACAUAGGGCACCAGUUUCCUGCCUGCCAUGGAGAGCCAAGGACCCCCCAUCCUCCACGAGACAGUCAGCUAUGCCCCCCACCCCCUGCCAGCAAGGCAGUUUGAUCGGAACACCACGGAGCCGAUCAGCUUCUACCUGUCCAGCCUGGAGGAGCUGCUGGCAUGGAAACCCACCAGUGACGAUGACUUCAACGUUGCCACAAUGCCACUGGCUAACCGGGAACCUCCGGUCCACAGCAAAAGACCCCGCACGCUGGUGUGCCACGACAUGAAGAACGGGUACCUGGAGGACAGGUUCAUCCAGGGCUCGGCUUCGCGGGACCCCUACGUGUUCUACCACUGGCAGUACAUCGACAUCUUCGUGUACUUCAGCCACCACCCCGUGACCAUCCCCCCCGUCACCUGGACCAACGCUGCCCACCGGAACGGCGUCUCUGUGCUGGGGACGUUCAUCACGGAGUGGACGAGCGGGGGCCAGCUGUGUGAGGCGUUCCUGGCUGGGGAGGCAGCCGCGUACCACGCCGUGGCUGUGCAGCUGGGCCGCAUCGCCCAUUUCUACCGCUUUGACGGCUGGCUGGUCAACAUCGAGAACACCCUGAGUGAGGCAGCCGCACGGAACCUGCCCCUCUUCCUGCGUGACCUGCGGGAGCAGCUGCGUCAGGAUGUGCCCGGUGGGCUGGUGCUCUGGUACGACAGCGUCUUGCAGAGCGGGGAGCUGAAGUGGCAGAACGAGCUGAAUGAGAAGAACAGGGUGUUCUUUGACGCCUGCGAUGGCUUGUUCACGAACUACAACUGGAAGGAGGAGCACCUGGAGCGCAUGGGAGCGCAGGCCGGGGAGCGCCUGGCUGACGUCUACGUGGGCAUCGAUGUCUUUGCCCGCGGGGAGGUCGUAGGCGGUGGCUUUGAGACAGACAAGGCUCUGCGCCUGAUCCGCAAGCAUGGCUUUUCAGCUGCCAUCUUCGCCCCCGGCUGGGUCUAUGAGCACCUGGGGAAGGAGAACUUCCUGCAGAACGAGAACAGGUUCUGGGGUUUGCUGGCGGAGCUGCUGCCCACUCACAGCAUCAGCACUCUGCCCUUCAGCACCUGCUUCUGCCUGGGCAUGGGCACGGGGAGAUUCUCGGCUGGGCAGGAGGAAGAAGUCAGGCCCUGGUACAACCUGAGUGCCCAGGAGAUCCAGCCCCUCUUCACAGACCAGCAAGCGCCGGGAGGGGCAGGCAGCUGGCUGCGCACACGCUGCUCCCUGCAGGACGCCUGGAAUGGGGGCAGCUGCCUGCUGAUCGAGGGGAUCAUCCCGCCUGAGGCAGGCCACGUGGCUGUCCGCCUUUUCUCUUUCCAGCUGCCAGCUCCCCCCAAGCUCUUCCUGACUCUGCUGUACAAACUGGAGGAGAAGCUGCCCAAGGUGGCGGUCGCGCUGGAACUCACCACACGGGACUCUGGCUCCUGCCAUGUUGGCAACGUCACUGCCCUGCCGGGGCCGGUCACCCGACAUCAGCCUCAGCCCCUCCCCACCCUGCCCCCUCACCUCUCCGGGCGGCUCGGCGGCUGUGGACAGCAGAGCACGGCAGGUUGGAUGAGGCGGUGCUACCAACUGGAGCUGCGGGACUGCGCCCUGCACGAGCUGUCGCUGAUCCUGUCACGCCACCAGCCAGGCCUGCAAGGGAGGCGCUUCUCCUGCCGCCUUGGGGAGAUCCAGGUGCUGGAUGCUGACGGCCUGCACUCCUCGCUGCCCCCAGUGCCCAGCCCCCAGGCCUCCCAGGUGCGGUGGCACAAGGGCCCUGGCGCAGACCAGCUCUCCCUCAGCCUCACCUUGCACUGGUCCUACCCCCACAGCCAAGCCCGCUGCUUCCGGAUCCACUGCCAGGGCCGGGAGCUGCCCCAGCCAGCGCAGCUGCAGCUCCUCGGGGUGGCACAUGCCACCCUCUACCGCGUGGUGGGCUUGGCAGUGCCAGAGGCGCCCCCCAAGGAGUCCUGCCGUGUGGAGUUCUUCGUGGAGCCGGUUCUGAACACAGGGGUUGCCGUGGAUCGGUCCAGGUGGGGGCGGCUGGUUCUGGUCUAUUCCGACCCAGCCAGCACCAGCACCUAUUAAAUGUGACCUUUGGCACAGUGCCAGGGAUCUCAGCCUUCUAGCUGGGCAUUCCUGGGGGGCUGCGGGCAGGAUGGAGGGGCAGCGGCAGAGCUGGGGGGUGCUCUGGACAGGAAUAGCAGAGAUCAUGGGUAGUCCCGACCAGGCCAGGACCCUGGUUCCUCUCCAAUCUUGUCCCAUUGGAAUGGCACCUUCUGCCCCGCACAGCCUGGGGUGAGCCACGGGGGGGGGGGGCAGCAGAGUCCCCCGCUAGCCGCUGGGGAGCCCAGGGAGCUGGAGCUGCUGUGCAGCGAGGUGGGGCCCUGGGCGGGGCACUGUCCUGCACUGCUGCACUCACCUCCUGCUCCGUUAACACUGACUGCUCCUGGCACCUGCUGCUCAACCGUAGGGAUCCCUCUGUGGCCUGGCCCUGUGCUGCAGGCCUGGGCGCUCGCUGCGCGGCGGAGAGUGGGUGCUCGUCCCACUCUUCCUGUGUGGGGUAGGAGGAGGGAGACUGCCCCUCGGCUGGUCAGGUGGCUACCAGGGCAUGGCCCUGCAUGUAGAAAACACACAGCAGCCAGGGCUGCUGCCCCACCUUCCUGCUCCUUUGCACCCCCGGCCUGGUGGGUGUCCAGCGAGUCCUGGAAGAGCUCAGAGCCAGCAGUGGCUCUGGGUCCCUCAGCCCCCAAAGGCCCAGGCUGCCCCACACUUCAGUCCUCUGCGCGGCUGGACUCCAGGAAGGCCAGGGCCGAGCCUGCCGGGCAAGGCCUGCCCACAUUUUGGCACCUGAGGUGGAGCUCAUGCCCCUUCGCUUGGGCCAAAACUUUGAAAGGUCUCAAUUCUCCCUUCUUCCUGUUCUACUCCUCUCAUGGUGCUGCUCUGCUACCUACCCCAAGAAAGGAGAACUAGCAACUUAAAAUGGCUUCUUCCAAAAUUUUGAAGUAACACUUAACUUUCAAAUGCCUGAACAGCAAAUGUAACUUUUCUUGUCUGCA